AUGUCUAUGUUUAUCAAUGGUCUCAAAUAUAUUAUACCAUGUCAAAGUCAAUUUUCUGGCAAAUCAAUUGAACAACUUGUUAGUGAACAAUAUCAAAGUAUAUCAACAACAGUAAAAAACUGUCUAAAAGAUCAUCGAAUACCAGCUGCAAAUAAACGAGCAGAAGGAACAUUUCAAGCAUUACGGUGUAUCCUACAUGAAUUACAAUCAAAAAAGCUAUCCAGAAAAUUAGAAAAACGUGCAAAACGUGAAUACAAAAUCGUACAAAGUAUUCGACGUCUUUUACGUGACCGGUCAGAUAUUGUCAUACGUCGUACAGAUAAAAAAGCUUAUCAAGAAAUUACAAGUGGUCGUUGUCCACUAUCAGAUAUGUUAUAUGCUGUACAAACAUCACUCUCUAGUCUUGUAGCACAGAAAGCUCUCAGCUUCCAACAAUAUAGUAAAAUAUCUCAAAAAUUAAACAAAUUGGAACUUGGACAUUAUCAUGGCCUACCGAAACCACAUAAAGUUGGUACACCAUUACGACCUAUUAUUGCCUGUAUACAUGCACCAACAACAUUGGUAUCGAAAUUUUUAAAUGAUCUAUUAGCACCUAUAUAUUUGAAUGUUGCUCGUAACAAAAAAUUUAUUAUAAUUGAUAUGACUGAUCUUUAUACAGUGAUACCUCGAGAAGGUGCAUUACAUACAUUGAUGCGAUUUUUAGAAAAGAAUUCGCAUCAUGGAAAAAUUGGUACAUUAUCCAUUGAUGCUAUUAUGAGAAUGGCUCGUUUAAUAUUAGAUACUAAUUAUUUUGCUUAUAACAACAAAUAUUAUCAACAAACUCGUGGUGGUGCUA